CAAUAACAUGCGUUACCAUGGCAACCUGUACACAUAAAUUUCUAUUAAUACUUCCCUCUCUUAUCGUUACAAUCUACAUAAAUGCAUACAUUAUAAAAUUUCAUAUUUAAGCCACACUUCUACCCUCCAUAUAUGCAUACGUUUGCGUAUCUAUAUAAAUAUGUAUCUAUGAAUUUUCCUAUUGCCCUAUAUUAAUCUCAAUGAAAUGCGAUAAGCUAAAUAUUUGUGAUAAGGAUACAGAUAAACAUGCUUGUUCUCUGUAAAUGAAAAGCCAGCUGCAUGCUACCCACAUUUCGCUUAUACUCUCUUGACUAUUCAUUAGAAAAUCGUACAUACAAAAUGUCAAAUCCUGGCACACCCUGGGAAUUUUUGGGCUCCACUGGUAACACGAGUCACAGUUCAACCUUCAAAAUUUACAACAAUGAAGGAUUCUUUGCCUUAAAAAUUAUUCUCCCACCUUCGCCCGAACAAAGUGACCCCCAAGUCGUACAAUGUCCUCUGAUGUGGGGCAAGUCUCACUCCAACGUUGUCAAAGUGUACGAAAUAUUCAGCCAUACCUGGAAUACGGCCGAGUUGGAGGGGAUUUUCAGCUACGCUGGGGGCAAAAAUGUUAAAAAGUUGCUCAAAAAAUACGGAAGUCAAACAGAAUUAGAAACAAUGUGCAUCCGGACGGAACUCUGUGGUCCUUCAUUACGAUAUUGGCUCAACAAUUCCAUCACCAAAAGUGAAGUAACCUUUGACACUGCGAAACUGCAAGCACAAAUCGUUCGAGAUAUCAUAUCCGGUCUAAAAUUCCUCCACUCUAAGAAAAUCGUUCACGGUAAUCUCACCCCGGAAAACAUUUUAUUUACGAGAUCCGACAUACGCGGUGAUUUCCAGUUACCGGUAAAACUUGGCGAUAACGUGUUCGAGUCUUAUGGGUCCAAAAGUGACAGAAUCAUGAACGAAUACACGGCUCCUGAAAUAAUAAUAAAUUAUGUACCAUCCACUCAAAGCGAUGUUUACUCGUUGGGUCUCAUAAUCUGUGAAAUAUUAGAAAAUAUUACCCCGUUGGAAAGAAAGGCAAAAUUUUUAGACGUCAAAAAAGGAAUAAUUCUUUCAAUUCGGGAACAUCCCGUGCUAAACGACGUACCGAGAGUGAUUCAUCGGGCGACAAGAUACUCAAAGUUGAACAGAUAUCAAAGUAUUUAUGAGUUGGAGCUUGCCUUGUUCGAAACCAUGGAUGCCGACAAGUCUGAAAAAGACGAAGAUAAAGUUCUGUUACAAUCUUUGACCUCUAAAUUGACCCUGACGACUCCAGAACCAAUCCUUCGAGAGAGUUUGGCACCAUGUUUGCAUCACGUCAUUGUCCAAUUCGUGGAAAAGACCUGGUACGAGGCUAUAGUUCCGAUGCGGAAAAUGAAUAUGGAAACACUAACAUCCACCAAAUAUGGCCCUAAUGAAGACCAAGCCACGGUUUUGACAGUACUCGCGUCAGUUUAUAGAGAACAGAAUCACCCCCAAGAAGCAGUCAACCUUUUAAAAGAUGUCUUCGCCAUCAAGGAGCACACACAAGGAAAAUAUAAUCUCUCGGUGGCUGCAACAUUAAACGAUUUGUACAAAAUGUAUGCAGCAUGUGGAAAUUAUAUCGAUGCUAAAUCCUCCUGCAAAACAGCGUUAGACAUUCUGGAGGUAAUUUUAGACAAAAAUGACCUAAAAAUUGCUGACCAGCUAAAUCGUUUGGCCAAUAUGGAUUUACUCUUGGACAAAUAUGACGAAGCAGAAAUGCACUACAACAGAGCAUUGAAAAUGUACUCUUCCAAACUAAAACCGUUUAAUGUGAGAAUUGCAAAAACCAAGAACAACUUGGCGUCCUGUUAUGUCGCCCAGGAGAAAUUUAAAGAGGCAGAGAUUUUGUAUAAAGAAAUAUUAACACGUGAGAGUGAAAGAGGGUUUGGUCACAUUGAGGAUGAUCACCAAUCCGUAUGGCAAAUUGCAGACCAAAUUGAAGAAAAUGAGACAACCCAAGAUUUCCAUUUUACAGAAGAGCUGCUUUACCAUGCACCUCAAGUAACAAAAGUCCUCCAGAAUUUAGCCUGGUUAUAUCGCCACCAAGGAAAAGUGAAAGCUGCCAAAUUUAUCGAACAACAAACAACCAUAACAUCACUUGAUGACAACAAUGCCGUGAAUCCUAAAUUUACAAAGACCUGCAACGAUGAUCAGAACAACAACGCCACAACUAAUUAAAAAUAACACAACAACUUCAAUCAUGUCCACAAAGUUACUGAUAUUUCGAUAAGCGUAACAAUAUUUAAUAAAACGAAAGAUCGUGUAGGUUAAUUUAGUAAUUUUAAUUAAUUUUACUUAUCUUUACCUUACCGAAAAAUCAAUAAAUAUCGCCUCAGACUUAUCCUACUUUGCA